AUGUGUUGUGUCGAUAGAAAUAAUAAUAAUAAUAAUAAUAAUAAUAAUAAUAAUAAUAAUAUUGUAAAUUUCCCAGCAAAUGUAAAGAGAGACGAGAAAGACAAAGAAACACCUGUAGGCGUACCUAUCGAGGUACUUAAAUCCUACAAAGUAAUGGAUCUAUUCGUACAUCCAACUCCACCAUUCAUCUCUUUAGCCAAAGAGAAAUUACCAAUUAUCUUAUCAACACUAUUUGAAAUAUUUCAAUAUACAGUGACAGCGAACAAUCAAUUGCAAUUGAAUAGAAUCGAACAACCCAAAGGAAAUAUGCAUCACUUCUCAAAGUUCACCUAUGACACUGUGAAUGCACUCGCAGAGAUCUAUCCAAAUGCACAGCGAAGCUACUUCCAAGUGCUCAUUGAGAAUCUCAGAUUCCAACCGAUCAAGGAGUUACUCCUGGUCAUCUCAAAGCGCGCUGCCAGAAGUGUCAGCGAGUAUCAAACCACCAAUCCACUCGAUACCAAAAAAAUACAGAAAGGACUUGUUAAAUCUAAACUCUACAAUAUAAUUAUUACUCAUUUCGCACAACCAACAAAAACAAUAGAUACAGAAACAAAUUGUGUGGAUUUAGAGGGAUGCUCUGAUUUUAUGGUGCGUUGCAUUGAGGAGUUGAAUAUAUUCGGUCCGGAUGUCGGACUGCAGUUUUGUCAUUUCCAAUCGAAAGACUUUGCAGAGACGUUGGCAAAGAUCAUUCUGAAUGAGGGUGGCAAGAAGUAUACUUUUACACACCGUCAGCUGGCAGUUUCCGUUGUGGCGUCGCUCGUCGCCAAGAGCAACGAUCACGCCAACAACAACCAGUAUCAAGCAGAGAAAGACUCGAUAUUCUCGAGUGGUAUCACCACAUGGACUCAGUUUUACAGUCUCAAUCACAUGAGCACCAUCUGCAAGCUCCUAAUAGAUAUGGGCAUCGAUCAAUCACCAACCUUUAAGAAAUCACUGACAUCGUCGCGUGUCGAUACUCUCACACUGCUCAUCGAGCUCAUCAAGUAUCGUUCAACCACCCAAAACAAAAAGAAAGUAUCGAAUCAACCUUAUAUUCCUCAUGAACUAUGGUCAUUGCUAGUUGAUUGGUUCUUCCAAUUCAAUAAUAUAUAUCAUUCUAAAUUCUAUCACCUUUUAAUUGAAUUGUUUUCACAGAAUCAUCAACCUUCUAUCAAACACUUUUGUUCACAACAUCUCAAGCGAUUCAUUCAAUACUAUUGCGAUGUUCCAACUUCAGAUUCUAGAGGUAUCGUUUUACUGAUGUGUAACUACAUCAGACUGACAGGUGACACUCAAGCAUUACAGAACAACAGUAGCAAUUGGUUACCUUCAUUUUUAAAGAGUAGUGAUACUUGGCAAUUAUUUUUACCUCAAUUACUUAAUGACACAAUUAAACAAUAUCAAUCAACAAUUACAAAUAAUAAUAAUAACAACAAUAAUGACAAUAACAAUAGUGAAAAUGGAACUGAAAAGGAAUUGAUACAAGGAUUUUCAGCAAUCAAUUUAGGAUCAGAUUUUGCAGAUUCAAUUGGAUUCGAAGUUGAAGAUAAGAAGAAAAAGGUAGUUAGCAAUGGUGCAACCAAACAAUUUGUAGUAGAUGAGAUCAUCAGUACAGAGCAAAUGUCAAAGAUUGAGGCAGAGUUGUUCGAAGAUGACAAGAAAUCUGCACCAAAGAAACCAAGUAAAAAGAAAUAA